AUGGUGACUCCCUUUGAAGAUGCUCUUAGAGUGAAGUUAGCAGUGGAAAAUGUGAUUAGAAGAGUGAAGAGCGCUGAGGUGGACGAGUUUUAUUGUUUUUUAUUUAAUUUCAACAAGGUGGCGAUGAUUUGGACACCCACUAAUGGACAGCGUGGCAUUUUAAAUUCGGAGAGUCCGAUUGAUAAAAUGAUAUCGGAGAUUGCAGAGACAUUACACUCUAUCCUCUGUGUCUAUCGUCCCACACUCAACAACUUAUUAUGCCUCAAACUGAAUAAAUUUAAUCCUUCUCGUGGCGUUUGGACAGGUAAAAUAUUGGGAAUAAAGAUGGAGAAGUUAAGAGAGAGAGGAUAUAAAGUUGUGAUGGGAUCGUUGAAAGACUACCCAGUGGUGAGAUUUAGCAUUCAAGAUGCUACUGGGGAAAGCUACAGUGCCUUCAUUAUUGAGCUGCGCAAUCGCUUAGCGACAGGAGAUGAUGUGAGGCAUGGAAUACUAGUGCUGCCACAGAGAGUGGAUAUAAGUCGACGGUUCGUUUUAGUGGAACUGACGAAUAGUAGAGGGUACACUGCUACAUUAGCAUUGGAUGUCAUCAAUGUAUACGUAGUUGGCUAUCGAGCUGGAGACACUUUCAUUUUCUUCCAACCAGACAAUGACGACGUUGCACAUGCGAUUCCUAGGCUUUUCGUGGAUGCUCGAAGACGACAUAUGUUGUCUUUUACUGGUGGGUAUGGUGAUAUUGAGAAUAGAGAGGUAGGGGAUCGAGAUCAGAUUAAUUUGGGCCGUCAGGCACUAGACGAUGCUGUCACCUUCUUCGAAGUUUAUGCAAAUAGGCAUGGUUCUGAGAAUAACUUGCGUCGUGCCUUUCUGGUUUCCAUUCAAAUGAUUUCUGAGGCAGCACGAUUCCAAUACAUAUCUAGUGAUAUGAGUCGCAGAAUCAGAAGGAACCAAGAACGUCCUCCAAGCCCUAGUAUCCUUAGGCUUGAAAAUAGUUGGGGCCCCCUCUCCGAAGAAAUUCAGAUGUCUAAUCAAGGAGUUUUUAGAAACCGAAUUCAGCUACAAAGAGACGACUAUUCCCUUUUCUAUGUCGAUAGGCUGAGUGAUUAUUUAGUUCAAAUUUUUGGUCUCAUGCUGUUCCAAUGUGCAAAGCCGAGUAAGCUAUUUUCUGUGCUAACCGUGUUAAAUUCUAAUGAUGGUGUUUGUGAAUAUCAGGAGCCUACAGUGCGUAUUAUUGGUCCAACUGAUUUAUGUGCUGCUGUGUAUAACGGGUGGUGGCACAAUGGCAACCCAAUAGUCUUAUGGCCCUGCAAAACUAAUACAGAUGCGGAUCAACUUUGGACCUUGAAAAGAGACGGCACUAUUCGAGCCAAUAAUAAGUGCUUGACCGCUGAUGGGUCGUUCAGUCCCGGAUCCUACAUCAUGAUAUACGAUUGCGAUUCUGCUGCUGAAGGUGCGACCCGUUGGAAAGCACGCGAUGAUGGAACCAUCAUAAAUCCCAUAUCCCGUCUAGUCUUGGGCAUAAAAUCUCCAAUUAAACUUAAAGGUGAAACACUUUUCCUACAGACUAACGCCAAUACUACUCUUCAAUCAUGGCAUCCUACAAACAUUAUACAACCCUUUAUGUCAUCCAUUGUUGGGCUUAAUGGUCUCUGCUUGCAAGCAAAUGUAGCGAAUGUGUGGGUCGAGGAAUGCGUAUCGUCCAAGAAGGAACAGCAGUGGGCUUUUUAUUCCGAUGGUUCUAUCCGCACUAGCGGCCAGCAAUUAUCCUGCCUUACUGCGAGAAGUGGAAGUGUCGUCGAGCUUCAUCUCUGCACGGACUUGAUCCCGGGCCAGAGAUGGGCGUUCAAGAGGGAUGGCACUAUUUGGAAUCUGGAACAUGGACUGGUGCUGGAUGUCAAGGGAAACGAUCCAUCACUUAAAGAGAGAAUCCUUUGGUCACAUACUGGAAAUCCCAACCAGAAGUGGAUGAUCCGGUUCUGAUUCAGUCUUGUAAAACAACAACUGUAUCAUGUGCGACCCUACAAAUAA